CAGAAUCUUGUCCAAAUAGCAACGCAAGUAAUCGUCGAUACAGAAAUACAAUAUAUUUGAUAUCUAUAAAUACUUCGACAAGGAUAGUUACAAUACUCAGGGAAACUAAAGCUGACUGUACGAUCAUUUAACGUCAAACCUAAAGAUAGUUUUGCUAUACGAGUUACGUUUAAUCCUAUUCGGAUGACUUUCGUCGCGUUUCAUCGUUUUAAUUCCUGCUGGGGUACUCCAAGAGCAACUCUACGACCUUAUAAAGUUGCACGCGAAAGUUCUAACGCAAGUUAGCUCAAGUGAAAGCCCAUAUCCUGCGGAGACGUUGUUAUUACAUCAUUGACCUGCAUGCAAGAUCAACUGUGAACUGCGCGUAUAAUCGGAUAUUGUAGCGUAUUUCCGAAACCAAGUGGUUGCAUUCUGGAGGCGGGAUUGCGCAUAAAGAUCUCUCGCAUAUGAUAUGAAAGUCAAGUCCUCUUGACAUUGGGCGCAUUUUGGUGACGAAUCUCAAAGCAUCAACACACAUGUCCUCAACGAUGAAUUCAAUCUGGGAGAACGAUAGCAAUCCCUUGGUGGAACAAUGUCAAAAUGGCGUUUAUUACCUAACCAAGGCUCCAACGGGAGUUUUUUAUUACAACUACUUGAUAAACAUAGUGUUAUCAUCCAUCGCAGCUGCUGUCGGGACCGUGGCAAACCUACUCGUAAUAGCAGCCUACUUUAAAACGCUUCGUCGCCACGAGUUUAACACCAGCCUUCUGGCGUAUCUUGCUGUGGCUGAUUUGGUGAUCACGGCGCUUGUUCAACCGUUGAUGAUAAGCCGUUUAACGCUGGAGCUUCUAGAUCGACAUUAUUGUCUUUAUUGGCUCGUGAUACGAAGAUUGUUUGAGUUUACCGUGCCCGUGUCGUUCCUCUCAGUUGGUUUGAUCACGUACGAAAGGUAUCAGGCGCUUUUCAGCCCCAUCAAAUACCGCACGAACUCCUUAAGACGACGAAUUAAAAUAACAAUGAUCGUCAUCUGGAUAUUCGCACUGGUUACAACGUGCUUGCGAAUCUUCGAUUUCUUUGUUGUAAUCUACUAUUUCAUGGCUUUGAUCAUUAUAAUCGCGUUAGUGGUUGCAAAUACCGUCAUCUAUGUUAAAAUCGGACGAAUGGCCGCGGUUUACACGAAGGACAGACGAGCAACUGCGCAGAAACUUUGCGACAGACAAAGCUCAAGAAAAAUCCACGCGAAAGACAAGCGGAGUACAAGAACACUAUUCUACAUAUUCCUAAGUCUAGUAAUUUGUUACCUGCCCAUGCUGGGAGCCGUACUCUACUCGAUUAUUAACGGGCAAGAGAGAUCGCAAUCGAUGCGAUUCCUAUUUGGUUAUCUUCCCUGGGCCGACGGAUUCGCGUUUUUAAACUCAACUCUGGACCCGUUCAUAUACUGCCUGCGCAAUCCCAGGCUAAAGAACGCUGUUCUGGGUUUCCUGUGUCGUCGUGUGUACGGAAAACGCGACUCGUGUGUCGAGGCUGGCGCAAAGAAUUCUCUCAUGCUUCAAAACAGCAGCUCUGACAAGAAACAUCCGAGCGAUUCACGAAACUCGUAAAUGUCAAGAAGAACUCGUUGAUAAAGAAUAAAACACGCUCAAGAGACACUCAAAUCAUGCAUUGCGGACACCCUUCUCUUGAACUGAUGAAUAAUUGAGAAGAAUUCAAAAUGAUUUGAAGCAAGAUUGUGAAUUAUUAUUAGCUACUCUGUAACGACUGUGGUAAUCUUUCUGCAAAAUUUACCAAAAAAUCUUCAAACGAGCUGCAUUGGAGAACACAAAUCAAAUUGAGCUACCAUGCAUGCAUGCAUGCGCGUUUCCCAUUUCAUCGUUUGCCAUAUAUAUUUGAACGAAGGCUAUUUGACGUAGUCUUUUGAGGGAUGUCGUCAACGUCAUGGAACUGAAAAUGCCUGGAAGGCAAAACCAACCCGUCACGACCAUGUGGUAAUGAACUAAGAGUUUUAUCGCUCUUUCGAGUAGGAAUUGUGAACAAACAAACAAAACUUAAAAAAGUUUCCUUAGAUUUUAUCUCCAUGCAUGCACACACGUGUGAAGCAGCUGAAUAACAAUGGCGCGUUUUAACUCUUGAAAAUUUUGAUAUUUUGUUUGUGCAGUCCGAGAUAAUCCACCUUAAAAAUUUGAGUUUUUUAGUCCGCUUGAAGUAUUCUUAAGCUAGGGUUAUGUUUUAUAUAGAAAGGAGUUCAAUGAAGUUUGGCAGUAAUCCGAUUUGAGGGUUAUAGAUUUAAAAUUUAUCAAAAAAUAUUUUGGUAAAUAGUAUAAAAAUCGUCUGGCAUAAGUAUUUUAUAAUCGACACAAAAUAGUUGUAGAGAUUUUGAAUAUACUAUAGCUUGUGAAUAUUGAAGGAGUUCAUUGCAUAUAGCAAGUAUAUGAGACAUGAUAAUUUUUUUAAGCAUACAUGAAAGUGGCUUUGCAUGCAAUAUAUAUAUCAUGGCAGCAUCCUGCAAAUUUCUGUAAAUAUGGCUGUAAAAUAUGAGUGAUAAAAAGGUUGCUAUGUGUUACAUAUUUAGUAAUUGUCGAUAAAUAAUGUUUUUCCCCGUUGUUUUAUUCAACAAACACACUUCAGAAGUAACCAACUGUUAAGGUUAGACAAGAAAGAUCCUUUUCAAGUACUAUAACAGCAUGUCCGUUGACAGACAAACGUCUGGCUUGUCUGUAUACCACAAAACAUAUAUAACCGCAGACAGACAGAUGUGUUUUGAAAUCUUUACAAAUCCUGAUAGAAAGAAGAAACAAAUGCAUGUAGGAGGCAAAAUAUGAAAUCGAGACGUAGAUAUGCGAACAGUGAGUUAUUUUCACGUUUCUUUACCACUGUAUACAAUCAGGGGGGAGGUUGACUUAGAAGUGUGGAGGAUCUAAUCUAUCAGAAGAUGAAGAGUCAAAGUGAUUAUUUGAAAAUAUUUGUAGAUGCUGCGUUCAUAAGUAUCAGUGGACUUGUUUAUCCUCUUGCAUGACAAAGUUCACUGAUGUGCGUGCAUUCAUCAUAUUACGAAAGACAUCGAAAGUCCGAGAUUGUGAAACUCUUGAGAAUAUCCUAAUCCAAAUAUUGCUCGUCAAGUGCAUUAUUUAUAAUAUCAUGCACUGGCAAUGCAAGUGCAUUUGUAAACACAGAU